AGGUGUGCGCGCAAAAUCUCUCUCUCUCUCUCUCUCUCUGUAACUAACACUCCGAUCUCAAUUUCAUUAUGCGUUCCAUUGCGUCCCUGAAAACAUCUCCGCCGUCCCUCCGCCAACACGCCCUCUUCCAAAGGCUCGGAGUCCGUCGAUUCUCUAACCUCCCGCCACCCUCCUCAAACGACUACACUGAUCACGACGAGAACUCUCCUUUCGGGUCCUUUCUCAAAUGGGCUUCGGCAAUCAUGGUGGGCUCGGGCCUAGGGCUCCUAUACUGGUCCUCCACCUCCGAUUCCGAUUCCGCUUUCUUCAAAAAGCCCCCUUUGUCUUCCGCCGACUGGUCAACGGCUGCCUCUGAAUCUGUUUCUGCAUUUCGCAAAUUAGCACUGCCUGAAAGCGCUAAGUACCUCUUUGGAGAUGCAUAUAGGAGAAAGAUUUUCUUUAACUAUGAGAAGCGCAUCAGGUUGCGAAGUCCUCCUGAGAAGGUUUUUGAGUACUUUGCAUCUAUUUUGUCACCGAAAGGAGAGUUACUUAUGAGACCAGAAGAUCUAAUGCGGGCAGUUGUUCCUGUUUUCCCUCCAUCAGAGUCCAACCUUGUUAGAGAUGGAUAUUUGAGAGGAGAAAGGAGUCCUGGCGAGUUACGUUGUGAUCGUUCGGAUUUUUUUAUGCUUUUUGAUGUGAACAAUGAUGGACAUAUAUCUUUUAAAGAGUAUAUCUUUUUUGUGACGCUACUCAGCAUUCCAGAGUCGAGCUUUUCUGUGGCGUUUAAAAUGUUUGACAUUGACAAUAAUGGGGAGAUAGAUAAGGAAGAAUUCAAGAAAGUGAUGGCUUUAAUGCGAGCUCAUAAUAGACAAGGGGCUCAACACAGGGAUGGGCUUCGAACUGGGUUAAAAUGUCAUGGUUCUGUAGAAAAUGGAGGCCUGGUGGAGUAUUUCUUUGGUAAGGAUGGAAAGGAACGCCUCCAACAUGAUAAAUUUUUCCAAUUUAUGCUAGAUUUGCAUGAUGAGAUUCUGAGAUUGGAGUUUGCACAUUAUGACUACAAGUUACGAGGAACUAUAUCAGCCAAGGACUUUGCGUUGUCCAUGGUUGCUUCUGCUGACAUGAGUCACAUAGGCAGGUUGCUUGAUCGGGUUGAUGAAUUGAACAAUGUUCCGCAACUUAGUGAUAUUCGCAUUACAUUCGAGGAGUUCAAACAUUUUGCACACCUACGUAGAAAAUUGGAGCCAUUUUCUUUGGCCCUUUUCAGUUUUGGAGAAGUGAAUGGCCUGUUAACAAGAAAAGACUUCCAACGAGCUGCAUCCCAAGUGUGUGAUUUAUCCGUGUCUGAUAAUGUGGUUGAAAUCAUUUUCCACGUGUUUGACACCAAUCGAGAUGGAAAUUUAACCUAUGAUGAGCUUCUGAGAGUGUUGUACAAACGGGAAAGGGAUAUUACCCGACCGGUGGAGGAAGGAGUCCCGGGCUUAUUGUCACGCUGCCGGAACUGCUCGAGUAAUUUCUCCUUUUCACGGUUCCUUUCUUGACACGUACCUCUGUGUGUGCACGCGUGGUCCCUGAAUUUUUGCUCAAGGAUUCAUGCUUCCGAUACAUCUGUUGUAAAUUUUACUGAAUUAGGAAAUUUCUGUUAUUAGGUUGAAGAAUGAAUGCUUCUGAUAGCUUGAAGGUUUGACCUUUUUGUAAAUCGAAUGAAUAGGUAACUUUCCUUCUUUCUUUCUUAGGAAGUGUUUGGAUCAAACUACCGACUCUUAACGAUGAAGUAUGCGACUUUUUAUAGCGUAAAGGUCCCUUUUCUCUU